AUGGUGGCCCAUUUAGCUCCCGAGUUCACUGAAGAAGAUUGCAUUGUAUAUCCAGGAAUUGAGGCAAAUAAUUUUGAGUUGAAGACUGUUCUCAUUCAGAUGGUUCAGAAUAAUCAGUUUGGAGGAGCUCGGGUUGAAGACCCGAAAACCCACAUUGUGAAUUUUGACCGAAUCUGCCAAACCAUCAAGAUGAAUGGUGUUCCUAGUGAGGCUAUCAAGCUGAGACUGUUUCCCUUUUCCCUGAGAGAUCAAGCACAGAGUUGGUUGAAUUCCUUUCCAGCCAACCAUUUCAUUACCUGGGAACAGCUCCACAAAGCUUUUAUGCAGGAGUAUUGUCCUCCUUCUAAGGCUGCCAAGUUAAAGAAACAAAUCCAGAAUUUUCAGCAGUUUGGCCAUGAAGAUCUUCCUAAGGCUUGGAAGAGAUUUAAGGAGUUGAGGAGGCAGUGCCCAAAGAAUUUGAUGACCUCAUGUGACUUUAUUUCAUCGUUCUAUGAGGGAUUGACUAACCGGUCACAGAUUAUUCUAGAUACCUCAUCCUUUGGGGGUAUUUUCAUUGAUAUGGGACCGGCAGCUGGAGAGCAGUUGAUUGAGAGGAUCACCUCUAACAAUACUUACUGGUAUACUGAGGGGGAUGAUAUACCCAAGAGAGAGAAGCCAGCUGGGAUGUUCGAAGUUGAAGAAAAGAUGGCAAUGCAGGCUCAGCUGGAUUCUAUACAACAUAUGCUAAAGCAGAUAGUACAGGCUCCUACUCAGAGUGUCCAAGCAGUUGCUCAGCCUCCAUUGAUUCCACAGAAUCCUUAUGUUCCUAACCCUUAUUCUGUGCCACAGGUACCUCUUGUAGCCUGUUGUGCAAUUUGUGGUGGAAAUCAUGUAGCUCAGACAUGUCAUCUGUUAGACUCCGGUAACCAAGCCCCUCAGCCUAAUGUGGAGCAAGUUGAUCUCAUUGGUUAUUCUAGACUACAAGGCCAAGGGCAAGGUUAUGGGAACUAUCAGCAACAAGGAAGGAAUCAGUUUGUUCCCUCUUGGAACAAUCAAGGAAAUCAAUUCCAACAUGGGAAUCAGAAUUUCAGGAACAAUCAAGGUCAAGGUUUCUCUAGACCAUCUCAGGAUCUUGAUAUGCAGACUCUAAUAAACACCAUGAUAGCUCAGAUGAGCAAGUUACAAGCAACCGUAGAGAAUCAGCAAGCUACCUUAAGCACUCAGCAAGCUACCUUAAGCUCUCAGCAAGCAUUGAUAGAGAGCCUCACGGGGCAACAGCAGGGUGGUGGUAAUCAGUUUCCUAAUCAAGCCUCAUUUUCGAAUGGUAAACUACCAGCAAGCACAGAGAAUCCAAGGCACCAAGUGAAUGUAGUCACCACUAGAAGCGGAUUAGCUUUGAAGGAUCCCCAUUUUCCUUCAAAUGAUCUAGUGCCUGAGAAAGCUGAUAAGGAUGAGGGCGUUCAGGUUGAGGAUGUUCCUGAUGAUAGUGAGGAGGAACCUGUAGUGCAGAGAGAUAGUGUUAAGGGGAAAGCUCUUGAGCAGGAUGAGAGUAUCCUAGCAAGAAGCCUGAGAGGAACAAGAAGGCAGAGGUUGUGGAGAUCAAAGGAUUCUGAUAGAGAGAGCAAGUUCCAUAAGAUGUUAGAUAAGCUGGAGAUCUCCAUGCCUUUUGUUGAAGUAGCAACUCAGAUUCCAUCGUACAAAAAGUUUCUGAAGAAUAAUUUAGGCAAUAAGAAAAAGCCAGAGAAGAGUGCGGUGGUGGAUCUGAGCGAAGGAGCCUUGACCUGUGCAGUUCUUCAACAUAAACUACCUCCUAAGCUGAAAGAUCCAGGUAGUUUUGCCAUCCCUUGCAUCAUUGGUGGAUUUGUAGUUAGGGGUGCUCUGUGUGAUUUGGGUGCCAGUGUUAGUCUUAUGCCAUUUCUUUAUGCAAGAGGCUCAACCUGGGCACACCAAAACCCACCUCCAUGA